AUUCUGACGUUUGUCACUGUCUAAAACAGUAUUUUCCAAAUGUUUAGUAUUUAGUUAAUUAUUGCAAAACAAAAGUAUUAUUUCUAUAAUAUUAUACACAGACGACAGAUGUAUUGACAUCACAAGAUGAAGAGUUGUUGGUUGAUAAAAUUUGUAUUUCUAUUUUUAAUUCCGUUCUCGGUUUGUCAAAGGAUAAAUGAUGGAAUAAUAUUUCACUACAAUAACACAUACAAAUAUAAUGUUCCGUACACAAUAGAAGUCAGUAAGAAUACAGAAUUUAUUAUGGAAUUUGGUGGCGAUGUGGAAGCCUACGACACGCCAGCCAGAGUGACGGUGGCGAGUGACUUCGCCAACCGUACAUACCCGCUGUUCAUAACGGCGAGACAGCAGAAAGGUGUAUUCUCCUGGCAGCUGCCCAUGCUGGUGCAGACGCCGGACACGCUGGAACAGUUCACCAACAUAUCCAGGACACUGUGCCCUCAUAACAACAUCUUCUCAGAGGAUCAGGACACAUGUGAAAUAACAAAUUUGAACACGCCCAUAGUUCACCUGACCUCGUCGUCUCCCGAUCCAAUAAAAGUGACGAUUGUGGUGCAGACUGUAGAGAAUUUUUACAUAAAAAUGAACACGGUAGUCAAUAUGACGAGCACGCCGAGUCAGCCCAAGUACUACUUCUACCCGUUCGACCAGGGACCCAACAAAGUCGUGGAUCUGGACUCACAGAGCAUAAAAAAGAAGUUCAUUUGUAAUAAGGAGUUGGAUACGAACGAGAAGGUGACCCUGGACAGGUACAUGCUGAGGAGGAACCUGAGGACAGACUACGGCUGGCUGUCGAAGCCGAAGAGUGUCAUCGUCAUGAUAGAAUCGGAUGAUGACAUUUGCGCCGUCGUAUCGAUACAAAAUUUCUCGUGCCCCGUGUUCGACAACGAGCGGGACAUCCUGUACGACGGCUACUACCUGACCAUGACGAGGCGCGGCGGCAUCACGCUCACGCAAGACACAUUUCCGCUGGGCUUCUACAUCGUGUUCAUAGUGAAGACAUCGGACGACGACUGCACCGGCUCCGUCGCCACGAACGACACGUUGCCGAAAAUGGCGCAGUACUUCGGCUGGGAGGACAACGUCAGCGUCGACACUAACGACGGAAGAGUCAAGAGGUUUAGUUUCAAAAUAAUCCAGACGAUAUCGUACCAGGAGUACUUCAUAGCGGCCGGCGCGGCGCUCGGCUUCUUCCUGUCCUUCUACGUGCUGUUCGUGGUGGCCGUGCUGUGCCAGCGGUACCGCCCGCGCGACCGCCCAGAGCGGCUGAUCGCGCCCCCCAGUCCGCGCGAGGGGGGCGACGCGCGCGUGCGCAGGCGGCGCGCGGUCAACGACUCCAGCGGCAGCUCCGCGCACGCGUCGCACCGCGGAGACGGCAGCUCGUCGUCGGACACGGACACGGAGCUGUCGGCCGGCGCCGCGGACGGCGACCGGGACGUGUGUCUGCAGGGGAAGCUGUGCGUCGCCAACCUGUCCAGGUGCCGGCCGCGCGUGCUGUCGGCGCGCUCGCGACUGUACCUGUGGAACGUGCUGACGGUGGCCGUGUUCUACACGCUGCCCGUCAUACAGCUCGUCGUCACCUACCAGCGGCUGCUCAACCAGUCGGGCAACCAGGACCUGUGCUACUUCAACUUCCUGUGCGCGCACCCGCUGCUGGCGCUGUCAGACUUCAACCACGUGUACUCCAACCUGGGCUACGUGCUGCUCGGGACGCUGUUCGUGGCGCAGGUGUGGCGCCGGCAGCGCGCGCACGAGCGCCGCACGCAGCAGCAGAAGGAGCUCGGCAUCCCGCAACACUUCGGGCUGCUGUACGCGAUGGGCAUCGCGCUGGUGAGCGAGGGGCUGCUGUCGGCCGCCUACCACGUGUGUCCCAACAGCAUGAACUUCCAGUUCGACACGUCGUUCAUGUACGUGACGUCGGUGCUGUGCAUGGUGCGGCUGUACCAGGCGAGGCACGCCGACGUCAACGCGCGCGCGCACGCCACCUUCGGCGUGCUCGCCCUCAUCAUAUUCAUCGGGCUCGUCGGCGUCCUGAACGCAAACUUCUACUUCUGGGUGGCGUUCACCGGCCUGCACCUCGUCACGUGCCUCGUGAUGACCUUCCAGAUCUACUACCUGGGCAGGUUCCGACUGGGCGGCGACGUGGUGUGGCGCGCGGCGCGCUCGCUGUCGGCGCGGCCGCUGGCGGCGGUCACCCCCGCGCGCGCCGGCCGCUGCGUGCUGCUGCUGCUCGCCAACCUCGCCAACUGGGCGCUCGCCGCCUACGGGUUGUCGCAGCACAGUCGCGACUUCGCGUCCCACCUGCUGCUGGUGCUCAUGAGCAACCUGUUCCUGUACACGCUGUUCUACAUCGUCAUGAAGCUGUUGCACCGGGAGACCAUCGCCUGGUACAGCUGGGUGUUCAUCGCGCUGACGUACUCCGUGUGGUUCGGCUCCAGCUACUUCUACCUGGACCUGAACACCAACUGGGCGCUGAGCCCGGCGCAGUCGCGGCAGAGCAACCGCGUGUGCUCGCUGCUGCAGCUCUACGACUCGCACGACGCCUGGCACUUCCUGUCCGCCACCGCCAUGUUCUUCUCCUUCAACAUGUACCUCACCAUCGACGACAACCUGCGCGACACGCCGCGCACCGACAUCAUGGUGUUCUAGCCCCGCGGCCUCGACCCCUCACCUCACUUACACGCAGUACGCACUGUACCUGUACGCAAGUGUCUCAUCUAGCCAUGGUUUCCUUCGACCACUUCGAUCACGCGACCACGUCACGGCGAGUGAAGUGCGCUAGGGGUUAGU